ACUAAAACUGGGAGGCGCCAAGUCUUAAACGCUAGUUGCAAGUUCGAUGGUCUAACUAGGUCCGUAGGAACAGCGUAGAAGAUUUUUCAAGAAGAUGCAUACAUUAGUAGUCCGUUCGUUUUUCCAAUAGCUGGAGACAGGAAAUCACCUUAACAUUUUUGAUAGGAACAGUCUGUUACUCUUUAUUAUCGAGUUUGGGGUUGUGGGUUUUUAGAAAUCAGAAACAUGAAAGGUCACGUGACCUGAUAAUUAUCCACAAACUUCUGGUCAAGCAGAUUUUUGUCCGGGCAUCGCAAAUAUUGGUGUAGUGGUUCGUGUGAUUCAAUCCAGCCUUUUUUCAUAUUGCAUAUAGUUUUGACAUCUUUUUCUGAACGAUCGUCAUUCGUGUUCUUACGAAUAGUCUGUCACUAUUGUCUUAAAGCUACUGAACACGGCAAUCCAGUCCUCGAUAUAGUCACUGGAAUUGCUGAAGCGACGACUAAGGUGACAUUACUUCCCAGUUAGACGAAAAGUUAAACACUGUUUGGUCCUAAUAUUCAUUUGCUUUAGUCUGGUGCUCUGGGUUAUAUGGUUAAGCGGGACGUAACUGAAAAGAUAUUAUAAUAACAAGUGCACACUGGAUUCCAUAUUAUUCUCAGAACCAAAUAAUACCACCCCAAAUUUUGAUUGUUCGUGCGUCAUGACAUUUCAACUGAUUAAACUAGGAACUGCCGUAAAACAGUAAUUGCUCAAUCUGUAGCUAUACUUGAUAGACAAUUUACUCAAGGUUCUAUGUUGUCUAAAGUGAGUAUUUAUCCUGUAUGAGGCGUGUAACUCGAAAAAGUGAUGUUACGAUGCUUAUAUUUGUCAGGUGCCAUUUGUUGAGGACUACUAUCAUGACUAACAGCUCAUCACAAGGAUCUGCGGAAUGUUUUUCGCAGGUCUUAAUGGGAGCCUUGCCGAAAUUUUUUUACAAGUAUCUUCUUUAAUUUUGAACUGUUCCACGACCUCUAAAACGUGUAGAUUGAUAUGAGCAGAUGAAUUUCCUCAUGAAUAAAUGAAACUGUAGGGCUGGUAAGUGUGCAUUCAGUGUUUUUUCACAAAAGAUGUAUUCAUGGAAAGUGCAGAUCCUUAAUGUCCCAUCGGAUUACUCAGGUGAAAUACUUCUCAAAUAACGGUAUUCUACUGUAAUUACUAUCAAACUCAAAGGGUCAGCUUCGUUUCAAACAUUAAUUCUAAGACUGCAGAUUUUCUGGGUGAUGGAGAUUUUGUGUAAUUACUCUCAAAAUCCAGUGGUUGGUUCGUCGAAAAGCAGUCACACGGAGCAUGAACCAGUCUCAGUAUCAGCCAAAGUGCAAAAUACCACUGCUUCUCAGCGACGAAAUAUCAAUUGCACGAGUUCAAAUAUCUUUAGUAGUCUUCAACAUGCCCAUCUUCCUGUAGCCUCCAAUCCGAAUGUCUUAUUUAAGAACGAACUGACAGAAAAUUACUCCGACAAUUUGGCGCCGCGUAUAUCACCAUACCUUCUUGGGAUGCUCCAGUGCAGACCAGUUUCCUUACCUCUUACUCGGAACGUUGUGAAAGAGGGAUGGCUUAUGAAACGCGGCGAACAUAUUAAAAAUUGGCGACGUCGAUAUUUCAAAUUACGGGAAGAUGGGACAUUUUAUGGAUAUAAAAUUCAACCUAAAGAUGAUAUGGCUCAACCUUUAAAUAAUUUCACUGUUCGCGACUGUCAAAUUAUAUGUUUAAACAAACCAAAACCAUACACAUUUCUUAUUCGUGGUUUACAAUGGACCAAUGUAGUGGAACGUUUAUUCUUUGUCGAGACGGAAGCAGAAAGAAAUUAUUGGCUUAGCGCAAUUCAAAGCGUCGCAAAUCGACUCAAAUCAUCAUUUGAGCAGCCAGUAUCCGUACACAGUUUAGAUUUGGCUGAAAAUAUGAUCGUUGAUAUUCCUCAGAGGCCUGUGAAACGUUAUUCUGUAAAUGACUUCAGACUUUUAAAAGUUUUAGGGAAAGGUACUUUUGGAAAAGUGAUUUUGUGUCAAGAAAAUGAAACAGGUCAUUUUUACGCUAUGAAAAUACUAAAGAAAUCUGUACUUAUUGAAAAAGAAGAAGUUGUUCAUACAAUGACUGAAAAUCGUGUGCUACAACAAUGCAAACAUCCAUUUAUGACAGAGCUACGUUAUUCAUUUACUACACCUAAUUAUUUAUGCUUUGUUAUGGAAUAUGUUAAUGGUGGUGAAUUAUUUUUUCAUCUACAACGCGAUCGUGUAUUCUCAGAAGAAAGAGCUAAAUUUUAUGGUGCAGAAAUUACUUUGGCUUUAGGUUAUUUACAUCACCAGAAUGUUGUUUAUAGGGAUCUUAAAUUGGAAAAUUUAUUGUUGGAUAAAGAUGGUCAUAUAAAAAUCGCUGAUUUUGGUCUGUGCAAAGAAGACAUGUACUAUGGUGCAUCAACUAAAACAUUUUGUGGUACACCAGAAUAUUUAGCACCUGAAGUUUUAUUGGAUAACGAUUAUGGGCGUUCAGUUGAUUGGUGGGGCCUUGGUGUAGUAAUGUAUGAAAUGAUGUGUGGACGUUUACCAUUCUACUCAAGUGAUCAUGAAGUUUUGUUUGAAUUAAUACUGCAAGACAAUGUCUCCUUCCCAGCUCGUCUUUCACACCCAGCUCAAGAUAUCUUGUCUAGACUUUUAAUUAAAGAUCCAACAAGUCGACUAGGUGGUGGAGUACAGGAUGUUUUGGAAGUUAUGGCACAUUUGUUUUUUGCGUCAGUCGAUUGGGAUCGUUUAAUAAGAAAAGAUAUUCAACCACCAUGGAAACCAGACGUGGUCGAUGAAAAAGACACAAAAUAUGUCCCAGAUGAAUUCAAGGAUACGUCGGUCGAUUUGACUCCUCCAAACGAUGAUGAAGAUAAUAUGAAUCGAAUUGUCGAUGGACCAUAUUUUGAACAGUUCAGUUUUCAUGGAAGUCGACAAAGUUUGAAUAGUAGAGUCAGUGGUUAUAGUUUUGGUGACACAUUUUAAUAAUGUGUAUUUUACUACAAGUUCAAUUGACUGCCUCUUACAUGAUUUAACUUUCUAUGUACAAAAAAGAAGAAAUGAAGAGAAUGUUAUUAUAACUAAUAUUUUUCAGAUAGAUGAACAGACAAAAAAACAUUUUAGAGCCUGGAAGUGUGUGUAUAUCCUCUGAUUCCGAUUAUGAAAUAUGUAUAGAUUUAUUUUCAUAUUCAUUCAUUUUCACCUGGUUUUGCUUAUUUUUCUUUCCUUUUUCGAAUACUUGAUAUUAUGACAUAAAUUUUAUGUGAAUUAAAUAUGUUUAGUUUCAAUUGGUCUUAGAGAUGUGUAACUUUCAUCUCCUGUUAUUUUUCAUUGAAACUUAUUAUUUCAUUGCCUCGCUUAUUUUAUUAUUAUUAGUAUCAUUUUAUGUUUGUGUUUUUGUGACAUUUACAAUUUUGGUAAGAUUAAAUCUCAAUUGUUGAUGUUGUUGUUGUUUUUAUUAUCUGCAUCAAGUUGGUUUACUAUUUUCACUAUUUAGUUAAUCUGUUUCCUUUUUAUCUCCCUCUGUUUUUACUGUUCCCCUCUACUAUCUCACAUCAUUUUAAUGUUGUGUUGACGUGUACACAUACGUCUCCUUUUAUGGAUUUCCCCCUUUUUUUAUACAUAAAUCUGUCUAUACGUAAUGUACUAUUGUUGUCUUGUAGUCGUAAUAAUUUAGGUUCAUUCUACUUCGUGUGCAUGUUUAUGUAUUCUGACACUAGGUUUUAUUUUAGUACCUACAAGAGAAUUAAACCCUUCUUUCUAAGACGAAAAUUAUCCUACAUUACCAUUUGGUGCAUCUAGAGCUGAUCACCCCGCCCCAUUGUUCAACGAAACAAAUACCAGGAUCAAUGUAGACAGUAUUACAAUAGUCAUUAUUCAGUUGUAUGAUUUUUAUUGAUAAAAUUCAAUAUAUCUAAUUCAUAGAAAUAAAAAAUUAUAUUGAGUGUUUCUCGUUUUUUACUCAUUGUGUGUCUGUUUGUGUUCAUGUGCUUGUUUUUGUCGACAUAUUAAGUUUACCAUAAUCUAUAAUUACCAUUUACUGAUUUUUUAGAUGGAGUAUCUGUUACAUUUUAAAAAUAUGUAUUUCUUUCCCAGUUGAGUAAUUUUUUAUGUUGUAAGUAGUCGGUCAGUCAUCCUUGAGUUCAUGCUUUUCAACUUCAAUUUUAUUGUUUUGUUUUUUUAAUAUUUAGGAUAAUCAAUUAACUAGUUCUUUGUCAGCAGUUCUCCAGAUAGUUUAAGCAUUAAUUGGAUAACUAUUAAAAUGUGGAAAUAUUGCGUAUUUUCUUCAAU